AUGACCGCUGCUACGAAAACAACACCGGCUUUCUCGCCAGACCAAGUCUCUGUGGUCUUCGUUCUAGGAGGACCCGGUGCAGGCAAGGGCACUCAGUGUGAAAAACUGGUUAAUGAUUAUUCGUUUGUCCACCUAGCAGCAGGCGACUUGUUGCGUGCUGAACAGAACAGGGAAGGCUCCGAAUUCGGUGAAUUGAUCAAAAACUACAUCAAGGAGGGGCUGAUCGUUCCUCAGGAGAUCACUCUGGCGCUAUUACGUAACGCCAUUUCCRAAAACGUCAAGAACAACAGACACAAAUUCUUGAUCGACGGAUUCCCCCGGAAGAUGGACCAAGCUAUUUCAUUUGAAAGGGACAUCGUUGAAAGCAAGUUCAUCCUGUUCUUCGAUUGUCCCGAAGACGUCAUGCUCCAGAGGCUGUUGGAACGUGGUAAGACUAGUGGCAGAAGUGACGACAACAUCGAGUCCAUUAAGAAGAGAUUCAAGACUUUCAAAGACACCAGCAUGCCCGUUAUCGAGUACUUCGAAACCAAAUCCAAUGUCGUCCGUAUUCGUUGUGACAAGCCUGUCGACGACGUCUAUAAGGACGUUCAAGCCGCCAUUCGUGAUAGACUAUAG